AGACUGAUGAAGCAACGCGUAUACCGUGCUCUACCAUGAGGAUGCGGACAUGUCAUUUCAAAACUAUCCCGAUGUGUCAGUGCUCAUGAUCCUUGAAGAGGCGCAAUCAGGCGAUGGUUCUCGGACUCCUACAAGGCGCGAUAUGUGCAGACACCAAACCGUCAGCUUAGGGCUCACGACGGACUAGCUGAACUGUGUCUGGGUAUGGGCAGUGCAAGGAAAUAAUGCCAUUUGGUGGCCCUUUGGCAUCGCAAGAUGCUUCAUUCUAAUGACGGCGAAGCAUAAGUAGAUGAGAUAUCGCAACAUGUUUGACCGAACAGCUCUCCAGCACUUCACAUUCUUGUCAUUGCCUCCGAUAUGGCCUUGAACACCAUCUUUUUCGCUCUUGCCACAGCUGGCCUCGCCCUUGGAGCUGCCCUGGAGCCACGAUUCACUGUCGGUCAGACAGUACAAACCAACAAUGGACCUAUCACUGGCCAAGCCGCUUCGGUCGCCAAUCAAGUCAGCGAGUAUCUCGGAAUUCCUUUCGCCCAACCUCCUGUUGGCAGCCUGCGGUUUGCCGCACCAGUGAAGUACUCUGGCAACACAGCGCUGACUGCGACUCGCAUGUCAGCAUCAUGCCCUGCACUUGGUAUGGAAGGCCACUCAUCGAUUGUGCACGAUCCUUCGCCGUGGCAGGUCACGAUAAAAACGCUAACAUUCUACCCUAACACAGGCAGUGGAGACGUCUCUGACCCGCAAGCAUUUCCAAAGACAAGCACAGUCAAGUUCGGCUCCAACGGAGUGAAGAUCCUCAACCAGAUUAUAGCAGCAAACACUCCUUACAAUGAAGAUUGCUUGAAGCUCAACAUUUGGACCAAGCCUCAAACCGGCGAGGCGAAAAAGGCAGUGCUGCUUUGGGUCUACGGAGGAAGUUUCCUGCAGGGAGCAACCAACAAUAGCAUCUACAGUGGCCAGUUUCUUGCUGACAAACAAGAUGUUGUUGUUGUGAAUUUCAAUUACCGUACCAACAUUUUUGGAUUUCCUGGCGCCCCAAAUGUUGGAAAUCUUGGUCUCCUCGACCAGCGUAUGGCUGUUCAGUGGGUUCGCGACAACAUCGCCAGCUUCGGCGGCGAUCCCACACGUAUCACUCUCUUCGGGCAGUCCGCUGGCGGAGCGUCUCUUGAUUAUUACUCCCUGGCUUGGUACAACAACGACCCGAUCAUCAACGGCUUUAUCCAGCAAUCUGGUAACGUGGUCCAGCUGGGACCCCUCUUGCCAGCAGUCGCGCAGUACAACUGGAACCAGGUCACAUCCGACUUGGGAUGCGGCGAUAGCUCUGCUGAUCAGAGUCAAGUCAUUGCUUGUAUGCGUGGCAGCGGUAUCACCAUUCAGCAAAUCUUGAACUCCGCCGCCAAGAAGGAUGUCAAGUUUACCCCCAUCGCCGACGGCGUUACAGCUUUUGGCGAUAGUGGAGCUCGGAUCGCCGAUGGACGCUUUAUCAAGAAGCCCUGGCUCAUCGGCAGCACCAACGGCGAAGGCGGUUUCGUCAACACCCUUUUCCAAGCCAAAAACGGGUUCGCCUUGCCGCAGGCUGUCAUUGACCUGGGCACCCUGGCGAUUUUCACGUGCCCUUCCCGAAUUGCUGCCCAAUACCGUCUGCAGAACAACGUUCCUGUCUGGCGCUACCGUUUCUUCGGCCUCUUCCAGAACACCAUCGUUUCCACCACUCCAGACUCAGGUGCUUACCAUGCUGGCGAGCUUCCCUACGUCUUCGGCACGACUGGAACACUGAACGGCCCUGCCGACACCGACGCCGAGCGUAGCUUUAUCAACUACAUCCAAGGCGCAUGGGCCGGCUUCGCGAAGAACCCUGUUUCAGGCUUGACGAACUACGGCUGGCCUAGCUACAAUCCUAACAGCGCCUCUAUGGUCCAGCUUGGCCGCGACGGUGUCAAUGGUCCCAACCCGAUCAAUCCGUCUACCUCCUUUGACGUCCCUUGCCUUAUUGCCAUCCCGACGACGAGCUUGAUCUUCACUCUCGGCAAACUAUUGGACAGUAUCAAGGCUGGAGCCAGCAACCUCUUGACUCCGAUACUCUUCUGAUGGCACUACGCAUCCGGAGAGAAGCAAGGCGAUCUGCUCUACUUGGGACGGAGAAUUUCAGAUCACGCCAUGCCUGUGAUUCAUUUUUUCCGAGAACGAUAAUCCCUCGUCGUUCUUUAGAUAUAAAUAUUUUGUAUGUAUGGAAUCCCAAAUCGUGGAGGGUUUUGUGACACGGUUUUCAUGAUUCAAGAACAUCCAGUUUACCCAG